AUGCUUACCGAAUUUCCAAAAUUAUUUGUACAGACGUCAAGAGAUGUUUAUGCAGUCGGAGCAUACUCGUGCUUUGCUCUUAUCAUAAUUGUGUUCCUGAUCACUGACUAUCUGAAAUAUAAGCCCGUGUUAAUAAUGGACGGGAUUUGUGGUGUAAUGGCCUAUGGCAGUAUAGUUGGACAUCCGAGUUUAUUAAGAAUGCAGAUUGGUCAAGUGUUCUACGGUUUCUUCUUCUCAUCCGAAGUAGCUUAUUUUGGUUAUUUAUACGCCAUGACCGAUGAUAAACGUUACUAUCAAAAGAUCACGGGGCAAGCUAGAGCGGCGUGUCUGUCGGGAAAGUUCUUAUCGUCUUUUUUCGCUCAAUUAGUCAGCCUUGUCAACGGUUCAGUUCCUUAUGUCGAAUUGGUUUACAUUAGUAUAUUCGGAAUGCUUUUCUCUACUGUUUGGGCUUAUAUGAUGCCUAACGUUACUAAUAGUAUCUAUUUUCAUAACGAAAAAUCUGAAACAACCGAUGAUACUUUGCCACCAGUCAAAAAUCACACGUCUUCUCCUAAUGAACCAAAAACUACUGAGAAUAUUGAAUCUCAACCAUCGCAAACUAAGAUAACCAAGGAUAUUAAUAAAGAUGGCGAUAGAACUCUGGGCCAAGUAUUAUUAUACUUACAGAAGGAUUUCAAACGGUCAUACUCAGAUCCAUAUGUUAGAAAACUUUGUUUGUGGUGGGCUUUCGCGUUCGGAGCAUAUGUACAGGUUUACACGUACAUUAAUAUUUUGUACACUUAUGUAUUAAAUUUAAACGAGGAUACACAUUUUACUUUGUACAACGGUGCAGCAGAAUCACUUAAUACUUUAAUAGGGGCUAUUGCUGCAUAUUCAAUUGGCAAACUUGAAUUAAAUUGGUUUAAGGUCGGAGACUUGUUUUUAGGAAUUGGUUCAAUCCUCGCUGGAGUAGUACUUCUUGGUUGUUUUUUCACGAGAACCAUGUGGUUUAUUUAUGCUUUCUACAUAAUAUACGGAUGUAUUUACCAAACAAUGUUGACGGUCGCCGAAUCCGAAGUCGCAAAACGAUUAAGCAGAGAUAGUUACGGCCUCGUAUUUGGAUUUAACUCAUUUAUAGCACUAUUCCUACACACGCUAAUGACUUAUGGCAUCGUUCAAGGGAAUAUUAUCUCUGUUUCAACGAUACAACAAUUUUUGAUUUAUGCUGUUUACUACAUUUGCAUUGGAGCGGUGAUCCUAAUUUUCGCAGUAAAAAAUUAUUUCUCAUCAUCUGCAACCGACAGUAUUAUAGAAUGUAAACUAUAAAUUAUUAAUUUAUAAAUGUACUUACUAUAAACAAUCAACUCUUAUUAAGUGUUAAAAAGAAUUACAGAUUUUAGAAUCUGAGCGAAGCGAGAAAUAU